ACAGACAUGUGAGAUAUCAAAAUGGAUGAUUUAGAUCAUAGCAUGCACAUUGCAGACUAUGACUGGGUGAGCUUCUAUGAGGAGUGUGAGGAGUGCAGUCUGCUGCAGCCUUCACUGGCCUGUCCUGAUAACUCAAGCCUCAGCGAUUCAGAAGAUUCAGAAAACCACAGUUCAGUCUUUAACACAGGUCGACAGAAGCCACAGCAAAGCCCUGCUUAUGAUGGAGCAUGCGGUGAAGGUGAGGGAUGCAGCGUGGAAGAUAAGAGCUGCUCUGGCUCUACACAGCCAUCAGUACAGUUUAAUCAGAGAAAUACAGGAGCACAGCAAACAGAUCUUACAAGAAAAGCUGAAGAGGAUAGUGAAGAUUGGAGUCAUUCUGGUGAAGUAGUAACUGUUGAGAGUUCAGAUGAAACCUCAACAGAGCUGCAAAAAGGAGAUGGGGAUGUGCCACAAGAGAGUGACACUUCCAACCUUGAGUCGAAGCAGGAAACUGAUCCAUCCUCUUGCAAACAAACAGAUGAAAACAUGCAGAAGUCAUGUAUUACAGAUGGAGCUGUGAGUGAGGAUGUGGGCCCUGCUGGCGUGAGAGCAGAGAGAGAGCGCUGGUUUGUGACGGUGAACGACAGUCCUGCACGACAACGGAUAUGUGGUGCCUCUGUAAAAAAAAAAAGAAGACCAAAAAAAACCUGUAAAGACAAACACAUGUUCAAGCCAGGAGGUGAGAUCUGCUUUAACCAGGAUAUCAACACAGACAAAAAUGAACCAGAAGGAGAAAGGGACAAGGGACAAGACUCAGGAGUGAAUUUAAGUGCUGAAAUACAACUGGAGAGCUUUCAGACAGGAUUCAUUCCAGAGUUGUGUGUUAGAACAUUAUCUUUUCUUGAACAAGAGAAUAUGUUACAAGAACAGGUUAUGUCUCAUUCCCUGACAGAAAAUGCCAGUGAGCCAACGACUGACGCACACAAAGCAGGACCCAAGAAUAACAUUUCAACUCUGAAAGACACUCCGCUUUCAGGUAGUGUGGAGUCAGAUGAGUUUGAAGAUGGUGUUGAGUUCCUCUCCACCCAUAGCUACGAUUCUGAAAGCUACCUCUCCGCUUCUGAAUCAGUGGAAGGUCAUCUUUAUAUGGAAAGACAACCCAAUCUGACUGAGACUGAUAAUGUUGAGAACACACAGGACAGAGGAAUGCACUUUUCUGAUAGCACUCCCCUUUGCAAUGUAGCGGCUAUCAGCUGUCAUGAAAGCACCGGUGACCAGACUCAUGUUGAGCCUACCCAGAAUUUUCCAUCUGCUAACAACAGAGCUAACAAAAUGCCAGAUGACAACUCCACAUGUAAUGAUGACACACCUAGUCCAGCGCUCUCCAUGCCUUCAGAUACACCUGAACACCAAGCGCCAACUGGCUUUAAUCUUUCAGCAUCUGGUUGCUCUAUAGGAGACCAGCCUGGAUCUUCGCCUCUACCUGCUCCUGAGUUUACUGUAACACCUUGCUCUGUAACUGACAGCCCUGAAACAUAUGCCGAAGCUGUGGGAAACACUCGACCUGUGUAUGCCAUCUCUGCUUUUUGGGAUGAAAUGGAAAAAUUAACAAUAAAUGACAUUUUACAGCUUAGGAUGGGCAGAAGCACGCCACCCAGGGAAACAUAUGAUACACAAGAAACAGUGAGUCCAAACGGAAAUGCCGCAGAUGCUCCCACACACAACAGCUCUGUAGUGGAUAGUGUGGACUAUAAUAUGUCUGACAGUGGUGUAAUGGAUACGUCCGAUGCUGCUGAUUCAGACUAUUUCACACAGCUUGAUGAAUCCAAGCCAGAUCGCUCAAGCUGUGAUUUUUCCACCUCCGAUUUUGAGGAGGAAUACUGGCAGUAUAUUAGCGCAAGCAGGAACCCAAGUCCUGACCUUCCUGGGAAAAGUCAACAAACUGACUCAGAUUUCUUGGACGAGGAGGGAUCCAUCAUCUCUGAGGGAAAGGACACACCUGUGCCCCUGGAGGACUUUGAGGGGCAUUACUCUGAGGAUCAGGAUUCAGAUACAUUCAGUUCCUGUGACUUUGCAUGGCCAAGACAGAUAACAAAAAGUAAAAGUAUGCAUAAUGUACAUGCUUUAAUUACAAAUAAUCCUGUGGAGAGUUUAUCUUUGCAGUCCUUCCAGAGCAGCCAUCAGUCUGUGGAUGAAAACAUGCUUUUGAAGAUGAGUGAUAGCUUAGAAAUAGUAACACCAGCUCCUAUUCUAUCAUAUAGAGAUAUACUAGAUGAACAAUACCAAAUAUCCUUCCCAGAAGUGGUGGAACACUUUUUCACAGAGAAUAACGCAAACUACGAUGCCAUGUCUGUCGCUGUCUACGAUCUGGAUGAUAUCUCGGUGGAUCCUGUCUACAAGUACACUACAGACAAUUCACUUCCAUUCGCUUCCUUCUGUGAAGCCCAGUGUGCUGAGCAGAAACCCAUCCCUAUUUUCACUUGCUCUCAUCCCACAGUCAGAGAACUCACAUUCCCGAAACCAGAUUAUGUUGUUUUAGCUGCAAACUGCGUGGAAGAAGAUGACAUCUCUCCGAUCAGAGUUGUAUCUCACUCUCUCAUCCAGGACUUUGAUUUGAAUACUUCUGCAGCUGACAAGAUUGGAUCUCACAGUUGGAAAAGUUUGCUGUCAAUACGGAAGAUUCGUUUUCACGACAAAGGUAGCAUUUGGUGUCGCAGAUCUGGAGCCUGGGUUUUUCCAGCUGAGGAUGAAAAGAAAUCAGUUAAUAGAGUAGAUCCACUGAUUACUGUGCUCGGUGAGAGAAGGUUCUCCUCAGCUCCAUCCCAGCUGUUCAGAGAGUUAACAGCACAGCAGAGUGUUUUGGAAGCUCUACAGACAUCAACAAAUCGACAGGGUAUUUUUUCCACAAUAAAGCAGUCAGACAUGUGUUUGGUCUGCAUUGCCUUUGCCUCCUGGGUACUGAAAUCCUCUGAUCCAGAAGCUACUGACACCUGGAAAGCAGCUCUGCUAGCAAAUGUGAGUGCUCUGUCAGCAAUCCAGUACCUGCGGCAGUAUGUGAAGAAGAAACCUCCUCAAGAUGAUGCCUGAUCUUUUACACACACACAAAAAAACAGCAUUUCCAAACUCCUCACUUGGGUCCAUCAUGAAAGUACCUAUAUAAUGUAUAUAUCCAGUAAAUACUAACUGCCUCUAGUGUAUGCAUUAGUGUCUGUGUCAGAGUAUGUAAUACUUUUAAUACAUUUAAGCUGCUCUUUUCAGAAAUUACAUCAGCUUUUUUGGUUUAUAUAUGGACCAUGUGUAAGUACGGAAAUUCAUACUUCUUAACAGCUGCUAUUUGUGAAUAUCCCAUUGUGCCUUAAACAUGUUGCGCAGACCAGUCAACUACAGUUAAGCUAUGUUGUAAUAGCAUCUUGUAGGGUUUUUAUGCAAAGUGUAUGUGGUAGUUUUGAAAAGGAUGUAAAUAGAAGAAAUAAGUAAAAGCAUAAGAGAAGGUUAUGAGGUAGAUACUGCUUUGUUUUGUACAUAUGCUGGUAUAAGAGAUGAAGCAGAUGAGCGCUUGAGCUGUGUGCUGAUAGGAUGCCAUUUCUAAACGUUACUGAAGAGGGCUAUGUAGGAUGUGCAGUGAUGCUGAUGUGCAGAUUUCAAUUCAAUCACCAAAAACGGCCCAUUAAUCACUUUAACUGAACAUAAAACGAAAGCAGCUGAAAUGACAUUUCCACUAUGUGUUGUUGUCUCACAUACUUGUGUUAGUUUUGUAAGAAAUCUCAUCAAUACCCAGUACGUGUGAACAUUUUAUGUAACAAAUCUGACAGAUUUUGUG